UAAUCUGCCAAAUUAUUCCGCUGUAGCGGCUUUGUGUAGCGGUUGAAGUGACUACGUCUCGAUUAAAUAUUAUAAGAAAUUCGUAUUGCGUAUUAAAUAUAGUUGGCAUAAUUAAAUCAAAUCCAUGUUGCGAUCAUUUAUUUAAUUAAAAGUUUUGAUUAAAAAAUUUAUAUUGAUAUAUAUAGGUCCCGCAACCAUGGCUCACUGUAUCAGAGUUUUGCAUGGCCAAGGUGGCAGGACGAGGACGGCUCUCGUAGAAAUCCAGAAAAGAUGCUUCAGCGUUUCCCCUCUUACUGCCGCGGCGGCUCAGGUCGCUAUGUCGAAAUUCGACAAGACCCCGCUACCUUACGAAAAGUUGACCCAAAAUUUGGAAAUUGUCAAGAAGAGGUUAGGUCGUGAAAUGACCUUGUCUGAAAAAGUGCUGUACUCUCAUCUGGAUGACCCCAAAGGACAGGAAAUCGAACGUGGAACAAGCUACCUACGUCUAAGACCUGACCGUGUUGCCAUGCAAGAUGCCACUGCACAAAUGGCCAUGUUACAGUUCAUUUCAUCUGGUCUACCUAAAGUUGCAGUUCCAUCGACAAUCCAUUGUGAUCACUUGAUUGAAGCUCAAAUCGGUGGUAAGGAAGAUUUGGCAAGAGCAAAGGACAUCAACAAAGAAGUGUACAAGUUCCUGGAAACAGCCGGUGCUAAGUAUGGAGUCGGUUUCUGGAAACCUGGUUCCGGAAUCAUCCAUCAGAUCAUCUUAGAAAACUAUGCCUUCCCCGGUCUUCUGAUGAUCGGAACUGACUCUCACACACCCAAUGGUGGUGGUCUUGGUGGUCUUUGCAUAGGUGUCGGUGGUGCUGAUGCUGUAGACGUGAUGGCCGAUAUCCCAUGGGAACUAAAAUGCCCCAAAGUUAUUGGUGUCAAACUUACUGGUCAAUUGAAGGGCUGGACCAGCCCCAAGGACGUAAUCCUGAAAGUCGCGGGUAUCCUCACCGUGAAGGGUGGUACCGGAGCGAUCGUUGAAUACCAUGGCCCUGGCGUUGACUCCAUCUCCUGUACUGGAAUGGCUACCAUUUGCAACAUGGGUGCCGAGAUCGGCGCUACCACCAGUGUGUUCCCCUUCAACUCCCGUAUGGAGGCGUACUUGAAGUCGACCGGUCGCCACGACAUCGCGGCCGCCGCUAACAAAUACAAAAAUCUACUUACACCAGACGCGAAGGCUCCCUACGACCAGCUGGUCGAAAUCGACCUAUCAACCCUGGAGCCCCAUGUCAACGGUCCCUUCACUCCGGAUCUGGCCAACCCUAUCUCCAAGCUCGGUGAGGCCGCUAAGAAAAACGACUGGCCAGUAGAUAUCCGUGUAGGCCUUAUUGGAUCCUGCACCAACUCCUCAUACGAAGAUAUGGGUCGGUGCGCUAGCAUUGUUAAGGAGGCACUCAGCCAUGGUCUCAAAUCCAAGAUUCCCUUUAACGUGACGCCCGGAUCCGAACAAGUACGAGCUACGAUUGAACGUGAUGGCAUCGCGCAGACUCUCAGGGACUUCGGAGGCACUGUUCUGGCGAACGCGUGCGGCCCUUGCAUCGGUCAGUGGGACCGCCAGGACGUGAAGAAGGGCGAGAAGAACACGAUCGUGACGUCAUACAACCGCAACUUCACCGGCCGCAACGACGCCAACCCCGCCACGCACUGCUUCGUCACCAGCCCCGAGCUCGUCACCGCGCUCUCCAUCGCUGGUCGCCUGGACUUCAAUCCUGUGACCGACGAGUUAACGGGUAAGGACGGCAAGAAAUUCAAGCUGUCCGACCCCUUCGGCGACGAACUGCCCUCCAAGGGCUUCGACCCCGGCCAGGACACCUAUGAGCACCCGCCCGCCGACGGCUCUAAGGUGAAAGUCGACGUAUCACCAACUUCAGACCGUUUGCAAUUGUUGGAGCCUUUCGACAAGUGGAACGGCAAGGACUUAACCGAUAUGACCAUCCUUAUCAAAGUGAAGGGCAAGUGCACCACUGACCACAUCUCUGCCGCUGGACCCUGGCUGAAGUACAGAGGACAUUUGGACAACAUCUCUAACAAUAUGUUUAUCACCGCAACGAACGCAGAGAACGGCGAGCUGAACAAGGUGCGCAACCAGGUGAGCGGCGAGUGGGGGCCCGUGCCGGCCACGGCGCGCGCCUACAAGGCGGCCGGCGUGCCGUGGUGCGUGGUGGGCGACGAGAACUACGGCGAGGGCUCCAGCCGCGAGCACGCCGCGCUCGAGCCGCGCCACCUCGGCGGCCGCGUCAUCAUCGUCAAGUCCUUCGCGCGAAUCCACGAAACCAAUCUCAAGAAACAGGGUCUACUUCCGCUUACAUUCGCGAACCCCGCUGACUACGAUAAGAUCCAACCCACUGACAAGAUCUCGUUGCUUGGCCUUAAAGAUCUCGCUCCCGGCAAGCAAGUGGAUUGUGAAAUAAAACACAAAGAUGGCAGCACUGAACGCAUCAAACUUAACCACUCUAUGAACGAGCAACAGAUCUCCUGGUUCAAGGCUGGUUCCGCUCUCAACAGAAUGAAGGAAAUCGCAUCCGGCAAAUGAAAGAUGUCUAAUAACUUACUCUAACAAGAAAUGUAGUCAGAAUGUAGAACCAGAAUUGCAAAAUGUAUACAAAUGCCAUAAAUAACUUUAUCCUUUUUUUAUCAACUAUAUUUAUGUUUAUUAAAGUAUGAAUGAUUUCUAAAUGCAGCUAAGCAGUAUUGCUUACGAGCAAUUACAUAUUAAAUUGAGUAGUUUAAAACUGGCAUCAAAUACUUCUGAGUUCAAAUUAUUUCAAUAGUGCAUUUUUAAAAUUCGAGUCUAGACAAUACUUAAUCGUGGCGGUGAAGAAUCUUUACUUACUACUUAGUGUAGUGUUUUACAAAAGUUAGAUGAAACUAGGAAAUAAGAUUGAACACUUUUUUUCUAUGUACUAUAAUAAAUCAAUUAUUAAGUGUAA